GUGGAGCGACGGCACGCCCGAGGACGGCGUCCUGGAGGACGAGGUCGCGCCCGGAGGCGCCGGCUGGGUGAAGCUGAACUCUGGCCCUCGCGCCUUCCUGGACUGCGCGGUGGCAGGGGUGCUCCCGAGCGGCUGUCCGCGCAGCCUCGCCAUGGGCUCCAGGUUGCGCGUCACCGUGGGCGUCAACUUGAUGAAGCGCAGGCCGCAGGUGACGAAGGUGCUGGAGGUGGCGGAGUCCAGCGCCGCCGCCGCGGGAGCCGCCGACGGUGCCUCCGCCGGCGGGGCGGCCAGGAGUGGCUCGGCGGAGCCGCCGGCGAAGCGGGCGCGCCCCGGGGAG